CCUCGCUGUAGCGACGACUCCGCAGUGCUCGUCACGCACGCACGCACGCACGGACGGACGGACGGACGGACGAACGGACCGACGGACCGACACGCGCACCGACACGCGGACGGGAGAGCUCGCGCGCGCGCGCGCGCCGUGCACGAGCGCGCACCCCACGACCGCCGACGAGGAGGCGCGCGAUGAACGCGUGAGCGAGCGAGCGAGCGCGGCGUGCGAGCCAGAGAGAGAGAGAGCGAGAGCGUGCGCGUCUGCGUGAGUGGGGGAGCGAGUGGAGUGCGUCCGUGCGUGUGUGCGUGUGUCUUUCCGUGUGCGUGCGCGCGCGCGCGUGUGUGUGUGUGUGUAGGAGCUAUUGCUUAUCCGGGCAGAGGCCGCGCGUACGCGUGCGUGCGCAAGUGAUCUCGCCGCCGCCGUGAGUGAGUGAGCUGUGUGAGAGAGCGAGAGAGAGCGCGAGAAGUGUGUGGUGUGUGUGUGUGCGUGAGAGAGAGAGAGAGCGCGCGCUGUGUGAGAGAGUGAGAGAGAGAUUGAGAGAGCCGCUGUCGGUCGAGAGACUCCCGUAUCCUGCGCCCUCAUGCACUGCUCUGGAGCGCCGCCCAACCCGGCCGCCCUGCCCGCCCUGGGAAUGAUCCCGCACCCGGCCUGCGCCCUGGCCUUCCUCUACAUACAGCAGGGGACGCAGGAGCCCCCGCUGCCCCCCGAGCCCAUGGCGCACGCGUACCCGUCGGGACAGUUCGCGGCGCCGUCCCAGAACGGCGUCCCCGCCGACUACGGAGCGGCGCCGCCGCCACCGCCGCACGCGGCGCUCCCCCACGGCGUCGUGCCGGACUACGGCUCCGGGCAGCCGGGCGGAGGAGUCGCGCCUCCGCCCGAUCACGAGGUGGCCGCCGCCCUCUACACGACGGCGGCGGUGGCGCAGCAACCCCCGGCGUCGCAUCACCACCACCACCAUCACCAGCAGCAGCAGCACCAUCAGCAGCAGCAGACGGCGCAGAGCGGCGGCACGGUCACGACGGAAGAGACUGAAUGCUCCCCCCUGCACCACCCAGCCGCACUGGUGGAGGGAGGAGAGAUGAAGCCUCAGCCCAAGCGUCUACACAUCUCCAACAUCCCUUUCCGCUUCCGAGACCCCGACCUCCGGCAGAUGUUUGGGCAAUUUGGGAAAAUCUUGGACGUGGAAAUCAUCUUCAACGAGAGGGGCUCCAAGGGCUUCGGCUUCGUGACAUUUGAGAACAGCGGGGACGCGGAGCGGGCGAGAGAGAAACUCCACGGCAGCAUCGUGGAGGGCAGGAAAAUCGAGGUAAACAACGCCACGGCGCGCGUCAUGACCAACAAGAAGCCCAUCAACCCCUACGCCAACGGCUGGAAGCUGAACCCAGUGGUGAGUGCGGUCUACGGCCCAGAGAUAUAUGCAGCCGGGCUCCCGUACGCGGUCACGGCGGGGACGGCGGCUGCCGCCUACCGGGGCGCGCACGUGCGCGGGCGAGGACGGGGCGGCUUCUACAACACCCUGAGGGCCGCCACCCCCACAGCCACACUGCCACCCGCCUACGGGGGAGUUGUGUACCAGGACGCGUUCUACGGCGCCGAUCUCUUCGGAGGGUAUACGACCUACCGAUACGCGCAGCCCGCCACCGCCGCCGUGUACAGCGACAGCUAUGGACGUGUAUACACCGCAGCGGACGCCUACACGCACGCGCUCGCACCCGCCGCUUCCUACGGGGUGAGCGCGAUGUCUGUACAGGGGUGGAUACAGCCGCUUCACCCCCUACUGAAAACAUGUAACCUUCCUCUCGAAAAGAGCUCCAAUGGCUAGGCGCACAAGUUGAAGCCAUGCACACGAAACCUGCUUCGGGACCCGCUUCUCUCUACCCCCGCCCCCUCUCCCCCCCGCCCACUUUCUCCCCCCGCCCCCUUUCUUCCCCCGCCCCCCCCCCUCCUCGUCUUCCACAGAACUCUGCGUCGGAGCUGAUUCACGCGAGAAACGCCUCCGCCAGAAGGUUUCUUGUGAGCGGCCACAUCGCCCCGUGAACAAAUAAAAACCAUACUCACGAGAGAAAAAAAAAUAUAUAACACGAAACAAACCCGAGCAUCGCGAGAGAAUGUGUCCAGCCUUAUCCACUGCUAAUCUCUGUGGCAACAACAAAAAAUGUGGGGCAUUUUGUGUGCGUGUACGCGUGUGUGUCUCUCUGUCUGUCUCUCUCUCUCUACCCGUGACCACACGCGCGGGUCACCGCGACCCGGUGUGAGACUCGAGAGAGACGAUGUGAGGAUGACCCCCCCCUACCCCCAUCUGCCCUCUGCUUUACUCGCACAUCCGCACGGCACCACGGCACGGCACCACGGCACGACACCACGUGCCAACACGGCACGGCACAGCACCACGGCACGGGACGGCACCACGCGCCAACACGGCACGGCACCACGUGCCAACACGGCACGGCACCACGUGCCAACACGGCACGGCACCACGGCACGGCACCACGUGCCAACACGGCACGGCACCACGGCACUACACGGCACCAUGUGCUAACACGGCACCACGGCACGGCACGGCACCACGCGCCAACACGGCACUACACGGCACCACGCGCCAACACGGCACUACACGGCACCACGCGCCACCCAAGUUGACUCUCGAGAGAUUUUCCUUCGAAAGAAGAAAAAAACCCCAAGUUCAGUUCCAGUUCUUCCCCUUAACCCUCGUUGCGUCCGUCCGUCCGUCCUUUGAUUCCUUCCUUUCUUUCUUUUAUACCUCAAUGCGUUUUUAUUAUUUUUGUAAAAAAGUUAAACGAAAUGAAAUGACAUAAAUUAAUCUAUUGUAUCAUACAGUAUUCUAUUUAGACGUGACGAUGGUCUUCUGUACAGUAUGGGUUGUCUCCCCCCACCUCCCACCACCCCCCCCCCCCGCCACUGCCGAGGUUCGAGGCGAGGUCCACGAGCCGAGAUGAGCGCGCGUGUCUUGUAACGUGUCGAGUGAUGAUGAUGAUGACUCUAGGACAUUCACCACACACCUUAUUUACCUUCACCGGGAGUCGGGAGCGAAGGGGGCUGUCUCC